CAAAUGCUUUGUUUGUAUCUUUUUAAAUAUAGUUAUGGCAAAAGAAUCUAAAAAUUGUACAAAUCGAACACCACUUGGAAUGAGAAAUGGAUACAUAAAAACCAACCAACUUACAGCUUCAUCAAUUUAUAAUGAUAAAAACAGUCCAAAUAUGGGAAGACUAAAUAAUAGAUAUUGUUGGUGUACAAGGCCAUGGGAAUUAUCAGGAUGGUAUCAGGUUCAGUUUGAAAACAUAACAACUGUUAGUGGUAUUGCACUUCAAGAUUGUGGAGAUAAGUGGUCGAAUAACAUAAACAAGUUUUUUUUUAAUUAUUCUCUCACAAAAAAUGGAAACUUUAAUAAUGGCCAGAUACUUGAUGGUGUAAGUAAUAACACUGAAGUGGUGUACCGAUGGUUUUCAUAUCCUAUUAAUGCUCUACGUAUUAGAAUCUUUCCUCUUGCUCGUGGAGAAAAUAAUUAUACAUGCCUUCGAAUUGAAUUAUUUGGUUGUUUAAGUAAUCCUUUUGAAGAAAUCGGAAUGGAAAGUCAAAUAAUUUUAGACUCACAGAUUUCUGUAAGUGCAAAUUCAAAAGGUGGCAUAUCACAAGCACGCAUGUAUUAUGAGUCUGGUGAUUUUUAUUCCUAUCAUAACAGAGAACUGUAUAUACAAAUUGAUAUGAUUCAUGUGAUGAGUAUUAGUGGUGUGGCAAUGAAAGGUUCUGAUUCUUGGUGGUUUAGCUAUAAUGUUGUUCAAAGUUAUUUGGUUUAUCUUGGUAUAAAAGAUAAUUUAGGUUUUGUAGGUGAGUAUCCUGGUAACUUUCAAUUUGGUUACUCCCCUGUUUUAUCGACUCUGAAUAAUACAAAAGUUGGCAGUCAGAUUAAAAUUGUUAGAAAAACUUCAUCUAAAAAUAGCCUUGAGUAUAGCUACAUGGCUGUUGAGAUUUAUGGAAAACGUCUAAUUUGUAGUGAUGUAUUUGUUCCAGCAUUUGCUGAAAUGUCUUCGACACUCAGAUUUAAGAUAAUGGAAGCAUAUAUUGAUAGCCCAUUUACAUGGUGUGCCUUAUCUAAUGAUAGUAAACCAUAUAUAAUAAUUGAGUUGAAUCAAGUUUCUGCAAUAUCAGGUAUUAAUGUACAAGGUGAUUCUAACAGUGAUUCAUGGGUAACAAAUUAUCAAAUUUCAUAUGGUGUAGUUAAAUAUAAAAUGAAAAAUGAUAAGAAUUUAUAUAUUGGAAGUAAAGGGCGCAUAUUUCCUUAUACUAUUAACUGGUUUUCAAGUUUGUACCUAGCAAAGUAUAUAAAAGUAAUACCUAAAUCUUGCAACAACAAAUGUUGUAUGCGUAUUCAUGUUAGAGGGUGCACAAAAUCUUUAGAUGCUCCCAUUGAAUUAAGUAUAAAUGAAGACAACAAAAUGUUGAUAUUGAGUUGGAAGAAUUCAGAUUCUCCGGUUUCAGUUUUAAUAUAUAAAAUAAAUGUCCAAUCACUGAAGCCAUAUAACAGCUCAUUCUUUUUUUUCAAUACAAUGAAAACAAAUAUUACAAACAUAACCAUUGAAGUUGACUUUCAUGCAGCCAUCUUUAACAUAUCUGUAGAUGCUGUGUAUGAUGAAGAUUAUUCUGUUAAAGGAGACAGUAUACAGUAUUAUUCCAAACCAAUUUCACCUCCGGCACCAAUUUAUAAAGGGUUAAAAUACUUUAUUAACUACACUGAAGUAUUUGAAUGUCAGUUUUAUAGUGUAUCUGAUAUCAAUGGACCUGUCAGUUUUUAUGAGAUUAUUAUUGCAUAUGAGAACAUAUCUUCAAUGAAUAUGGAAACAUUGACUUUAAAAGAUCAAUCCACUGCUGAAUCAUUAAAUCUUUCCUAUUUUUUGGCUGCAAAAUUGCCAAACAACUUUACUUUUAGCUUUUUAAAAUUUUACGAAGGUAAAGAAAGAGUGGAUAGUUUGAAUGCUAGUUUGUCUACUAUUAGAAAUUUGUUUCUUUAUAUUCGUGCUGUCAUUAACAUGAAGGAUAAUUUUUUCAGUAACUUAACAUAUUAUGGCGAUGUCUUAAUGUUGACUAUAGAUCGUAAAACACUACCUUUAAAUGAUUUAAAAUGGAAUAAAAAUCAUGGAUAUAUCAUUGAGCUAGUGAAGGGACCUUUAAAUACAAAGAUUUAUGAAGUUGUUGCAAUGAAAAUUGAUAAAAGUACAAUUAUUAAAAAUGCUACGUCUACUUAUAAACACUUCAAAGUUUAUGAAACUGCAGAUUAUAAUGAACCUUACAUUGCUGCUUCAUUUAAUGCCUUCAUGUAUGAAAAAUAUAAACAUUUUGUUUUAGGCAACAAUGAAAUUUUUUCAGUUGAUAAGUUUGAAGGUUAUCAAGUUAGUAAUGAUCAAAACAAUACUAAUCAUUAUUUAAAUGGUGAACUGAUUGCUGGUCAAAGAUAUACAUUGUUUCAAAGAAUUAUUCUAGAUGAUGGUCGUAUAUACACAAGUCCAUGGCAACCUGAGUUUAUUGCUUAUUCUAAGUUUACUCCAUUAAUUAAAAAAUCAUCAACACACUUAUAUCUUUUUGGAUUAAUGGUGAUACCUGUUUUAAUUGUCGGUUUGAUCACAUUUUUAAAAACGAGAAAUAAAUUUAAUAAAGAUGACUUGAUGAAGUUUAAAGUAAUUCAUAAUAGAAAUAAUGAAGAUACAAUGCAAUAUCAGGAGUUGUCUUUAAAAUACGAUAAUUCUUACAGUACCCUACAAACUAUUCAGAAAUGGCCACCACUGUCUGUUAAUGAAUUUGCUGCUUAUUACUUGAUUGUAAAAAAAAAUGAUUACAAAGAUCUUGUGAAACAAUAUGAAAGUGUUUCUAAAAAUAAAAUAUAUCCACAUACUGAAGCUAAAAAGUAUCCACAUAAAAAUAGAUAUGCAAAUAUUGUCCCAUAUGAUCAUUCACUUGUCAAAUUAGUUCCUGAUUUCACUAUUUAUGAAAAUACUUAUAUCAAUGCAAAUUACAUACAUUCGUACUUCAAAAAAGUAUCUUACAUUGCAACCCAGGCUCCUAAUAAUGAAACUAUUGUUGACUUUUGGCGAAUGAUUUUUCAUGAAAAGCCUAAAGCUGUGAUUAUGCUUACUAAUCUAGUUGAAAAUGAUAAAAUAAAAUCUGCUCAAUAUUGGCCAGAAAAUUAUAAAGAAUAUGGUGGCCUUAAUGUUUGUGUUAUAAAAACAGAACACUUUGCUGAUUAUAUUAUUCGCUACAUUUCUUUAAAUUUCAAAGAAGUUAAUCAUCAUUUUAUUCAUAUGCAGUUUACAUCUUGGCUUGAUAAUGGAUGUCCUGAAUACCCAACAAUGUUACUAAACUUUUGCCAUCGAUUUCGAUGUUUAGUUCCAUAUUCAGAUAAAUCUCUCACUGUUGUGCACUGCAGUGGUGGAGUUGGUCGCACAGGUGUUUUCAUUUUACUUGAUGAAAUGUUGCAGUUAAUCAAAUCAGAACAAAAAGUUGAUAUUUUUAAUUAUUUUGAAACUAUUCGUCAAAACAGAAUGCAAAUGGUUCAAUCAAAAGAGCAAUACAUAUUUGUUUAUGAUGCAAUUUAUGAAGUAGUAACAUGCGGUCAAACUAGUAUUUCAAUUUCAAAUUUUCCAACAAUUGUUAACAAUCUGCUUAAAAAAGACAUUUCAUCUGGAAAGAAACUCAUAGAGAAUGAAUUUAAAAUGCUUCAAAGUUUUUCUGUAGUUCAAGGCAGCAAUCAGAUAGCAAUGAAGAAUAAAAAUUUACAAAAAAAAAAAUACCCUCAAAUUAUACCUGGAGAAAAUGUGCUGGUAGCAAGUGAAUCUUACCCUAAUACUGUUUUUGUUGACAGUUAUAAAAGAAAGAAAGCGUUUAUAGCAACCCAGUGUCCACUUCAAUCUACUGUCACAGAGUUUUGGUAUGUUUUAAAGAAACACAAUGUUUCAACUAUUGUCUACCUUACCUGCAGAAACGAAAAAAAAGAACCAUCAUAUUUUAAAUUUUAUCCAUCAGCUUGUGAUUUGAAACUUAAUGGUGUCACUGUAAAGUUGCUAGCUGAGGAAAAGCUAGAAUUUGUAAUUAAAAGAAACUUGUCUGUGUCUGUUGAGAGUGAAACUAUCAUGUGCAUGCUAGAGUUUAGUUUUUGGUCGGAUAAUUCUUUACCAAGUUUUGACCUAAUUUUACAGUUGAUUAGUGAAGUAUCUAAAUCACAACAAUAUUUAAGAAAUGAUAUUGUUGCAGUUGUUUGCAACAACGUUUUAAGUCGUUCAAGUAUUUUUAUUUCAUGCUUUAAUGCGAUUGAGCAGUUGCAAAUCGAAGGACAGGUUGAUAUAUUUCAGUUGGUGCGACGAGCUCAAUUAUCACACCCUAGUUUUGUUCAGACUUUGCCUCAAUAUGAGUUUGUUUACAAGCUGUUGAAACAUUAUUUGGAAACAUUUUCCGAUUAUUCAAAUUUUACAUGAACAAUUCAAAAAGAAAAAAAUUCUAUA